AUGUCUCUGGCCGGCCAGACUAUGCCCGUCAGGGAGUCGGUUCAUUCCAGCAGGGAAGAGGUGGCUACCAUCGAGAACAAGAAGGGUCAGCAACAGUCGCAAAGAUCCUCUUAUAGAGAUUCGCUCCCAAACGCACCACGACCUCCCGUCUACUCUGAGGACGCCUACAACGAGAACGAGAACGACAAGAUGUACGGCGAAUACUCAGCACCCGCCCUACCCGCCAAGAGCUCUUUGAGAGCUUCGAGGCUUCUCGAUGGCAUGGCCCUCAAGAUUAUCACCAACCAGCCCACCAACACACAAGCUCCUCAAGAGGUAUACCUCUCUUCCGAAGAGGAGGCCUCGUCCUCUGCCGACGAGUUUUCCGACUACGGUUACGACUCGGAUACCGAAGAAUCAGCGGACUCGCCCGUGAGGAGGAAGAGCCAGGAGGAUACCGCCCGUGUUGUGUCUGUUGUCUACGCCGGCAAGCCUUCCAUCAUCGACCUUCCCUCUACUAGACGAUCGGCCUCCCCCGAGUCCAUCGAAUCUCGACCUUCUAGCAGGCCAUCCAGCAGACGCACCAGCCGCUUCGCCAUGUCUGCGACCGCGCCUUCGUUGAGGAGAAUGUCCACCUCCUCCACCACCGCCUCUUCUUCUUUCUCUCCCGUGCUCCACCCGCCCCGAUCCAGCAGUAUGAUGAUCACCAGCAGCAUGCUGCCCAAGCAGCCUCCCUCUUUCCUCAACACCGACCCGUGUGCCACUCCGACCUACGAGCAGAGGGCCGAGGAGGAGCAACGUGUCGAGGAGGUCGAGCGUCUCGAGAGGCCCAAGACCCCCACGUCCGCCCUCUUCAGGAGGACACUGAGCAUCGUGCGAAAGCGCAGCCGCCCCCAAUUGCGGGAUCUGGCCGCCAACAACUCUUCGCGUGACAGACUUUCCUCCCCGUCAAUGCAGAACCUUCCCCUCAGUGCCAACUCGGACAUCACCUACAUCAAGGAGGAGGACGAGCCGGCGGCCAAGACCCCCAACAGCCCUUGGUCCGCAAUUAGCUACCACGACAUCAUGCGAGCGGCCAAGAAGAACUCGCAAACCGCUCAGCCCCCUACCCCCUCGACCCCGAGUGUGCCCUCACCAGUAUCACCGGCGGGUAACACGAGGAGCCGCAUCCUCAGCGGCCUCACGAACAGGAGGAAGAGCAUCAAGCUCGGCUAG